AUGGCACCCCGGGGAGAAGCUUCCCACGAGGGGGGCGAGCUUUCGACGAGCCGUUUUGCCGGCUCAAUCGAGAUCAGUUUGAACGACAACUCGCUUGAGACAGAGGAAGACGUUACCGCCAUCGCCGCUCAGCUAGCCGCCGCCGGCUUCGAUGAGAUCGAGCACUCCUCUGGCGUCGCCAUCCCUCGCCCUUCCGAGGAUUGCACCGAACCUUCGUGGCUCAUCGAGGCCGAGCGCAUCCUCUUCGAGACAUCCGCAUUCGCGUCAAAUCUCGAGGGUUCUGCCUUCGAGCGGGCCGAUGACGUCCCGGAUAUCGCCGCGGAUCACGUGUCCCUGCUCGGCUCCACAUCGCCGUCACCAUCUACCCCGCCCGACAAGAGGCGCGAGACGAGCGACGUCAACCGCACCGCCGAGCUCGUCACCAGCGGCGUCUGUGACAUCUCCGGGCCGCCACCUCGCGUCAGCACCGAGUGGUCUGUCCCGAGCCUACACGGAGUCCUCUGGAUUUUCACCGUCCUGCUCGUCGUCGCCACCAUCCCUUUCGCCGUCGCCGUUUCUGGACCGGUCCCUGCGAGCAUGCCGCUGCCCGACGCCAUCUCCAUCGACGUGCCGCUGCCCGACACCAUCUCCAUCAACGGCGCCUGCCAUUUGGCGCUCACCGGCCCCUCUGCAUCAGCACGGCCUCCAGGAAGGCCGCCAGCGCCGUCGCCGUCAGCUACCAGCGCGCGAGACGCCUACGCCGCCCUCGACUCCGAGUGGACGUGCUCUGCCGCCUCCGCCGUAGCCGAGCGAUCGGCCAGCGUCUCUGCCGCCAGAGCUGUCGCCGUCGGCUGUACCGUCGAGCAAGGCGUCGCCACCGUCAGCCAGUGCCUCACGCUUCAGCUUUCAUAG